AUGCUUUCCUCAUUGAAAGAUAUUCGAGGACUUCCAGUACAAGAUCAAAAACAAAUUUUUGAUCCGAUAUGUGCAAAAGCAAAACUUUAUUCAAGUAUUAUUGGUGAGCAAAUGAAUGAUAAUAUACCAGUUGACGCAGCAAUUAUAAAAGAUGAAGCAGCAAAUGUUUUUCUUGAAAUUUCACCACAUCCAGUUUUAGCUACAUCUAUUCGUGAAUGUUAUGAAUUAACAAAUCAACAACAAUAUGAUCACCACCACUUAUUCUUCCAACAUUAA